UGGAUUUUCUUCGUCUCUCGAGUCUCGACUCCCUACCCGGCUACCCCGCGCCAUCGGUAUCCAUAUCCUUCCAUCUCUUGCUCUUGCUUGUCUCUAGCCGGCGUCAAUCAUCAAAAGAAGGAAACAGUUUUACUCUCUCUUGUACGAGGGCUGUUUCAAGCUCGAUCCAAAGUAUAGAAAACUUCACACAAUAACUUUCGAGCUUUCAAGAUUUGAUCAUCCAAAAGACACUAUUUUUAGAACCCCAUUUCUACGUUUUCAGCUUUUUGAACUCUAUAUCCGAAAAUUCAAUCCCUGAAUCCAAGGUGUAGGCUUUUUAUGAGACCAGAAAGAAGCGUAGCUCGAGGGAUAGAGUUUUGUUCAUUUAGACUCUGAAGUUAUGGAGGAGCAGUUUGUAUUGAGGGUUCCACCGUCUGUUGCUGAACGAAUUGAACGUCUACUAAAUGAAAAUGCUUCUUCAUCUGAAGAUGCUUCAUUGGAUUUGUCUUUCUCUGAGGACGGGAGAAGUGGAACUUUUGCCAUUGGUGAUGAUCAUUUUCCAGCAUCUCUUCUGGAUCUCCCUUGUGUAGUGGAAUCCUACAAAACAUACGAUGAUACUGUGCUAAUCAAAGCUGCAGACAUUGGUCAGAUGAUUAUGGUUAGAGAACCGGGUGAUCCUGCUCCAGAUUCUACUGAGUAUAGGCAUGGUCUGACCCCUCCUAUGAGGGAUGCUCGAAAGCGUAGGUUUCGAAGAGAGCCAGAUUUAAAUCCUGAGCUUGUACGACGUGUGGAGAAAGAUUUAUUAAAUAUCAUGGCAGGAGGAACUACUGAAAAUGCAGAUGUUGGAGUGGCUGAGCAACAGGAUGAUAGAGAUGAGAAUCCUCAUCAUACAAAUGCAAAGCCUGCUUCCGCACCUGCACCCAAGCCUGAUGUAAUGGAAACUGAAACAAAUGUUGGUGAGCCUGAAAGGAGCGAUUCUGAUGACUCUGAUCACUCAAUUGAUUAAAAAUUAUCAUCAUCAUCAACUUCUAAAUGUUUGUCUCUCUGAUGAUGGAAGUUGUAUCAGCCUGUUUGUUUGUAUAUGAAAGGAAAUGGUAACUGUUGUCUGUAUCAUCGCAUCUCUUGCAUCUAGAAACAAAACACAGAAUGAUUUCUUUGGUGCAUUCUAACAUCUUUCAUUUAUAUAACAAGAUAUCUUCUUGAA